AUGGAGGAUUAUGACAACAAUGACAAUGAGUUCACUGCUGAAAAGCCAAUUGCUGAGAUCAUGACCGAGGAGGGAUUUCUGCAAAGUUCAGCUCUGACGAGCCCAGCUCUAACGAGCCCAGCUCUGAUGAGUCCAGCUAUGAUGAGCCCAGCUCUGAUGAGUCAAGCUCCCGACGCUACCAACCACGUGCCAGCCCUGCCAAGUCCAGCGCUGCCCAGUCCAGCCCUGCAAGGUCCACCUCUACCAAGUCCAGCGCUGCCAAGUCCAGCGCUGCCUAGUCCAGCGCUGUCAAGUUCAGCGCUGCCCAGUCCAGCCCUGCAAGGUCCACCUCUACCCAGUCCAGCGCUGCCAAGUUCAGCUCUGCAGAAUCCAACUAUGUCAAAUCCAGUCCUGCAGAGCCCAGAUAUGCAGAAUCCAGCCAUGCCAAGUGCAGCCCUGCAGAAUACAGUAUUGAAAAAUCCAGUUCUGCAAGGUCCAGCGCUGCCAAGCCCAGCUCUGCCGAGCUCAGCUCUGACGAGCCCCUGCUAG